AUGACCUUCCAGUACAACGUUACUGCAUCAGAUCCUACCUUCGCCGGAUCCAAUGGAUCCAUGGGCGGAAAUGUUCAAAUGUCCAUGAACAUGGCUCCACCAACAGUUGGACCCAAUGGAGAAAUCAAUUAUUCCGUAAACAUGGGCGGAAUGGGCAUGGAUAUGAACAUGAGCGGAAUGGACAUGGAUGACCAAUCCCAAAUGAUGCCAGGACAGCAAGUAAAUUACAGCAUGAGCACUCAACCUCAACAGAUGGACGUCAAAAUGAACAUGGGAGUACCCGGAAUGAACGUACAAAUGAAUGUACCACCGCCACCACCAAUGGAUGUCCAAAUGAACGUCAAUGCCAACGCCAAUGCCCAAAUGAACAUGCCACCACAGCAAAUGAACAUGUCCAUCAACGCCAACGCCGGAGCCCCAAUGAACAUGCCUUCCCAGAACGUUAGCAUGCAAAUGAACGUCCCUCAGCCACAAGUAAAUUAUCAAGUGAGCGUUCCACAGCAGCAGCAGCAAGUUAACUACCAAAUGAACAUGCAGCCAGCCAACAUAAACUACCAGAUGAAUGUUCCAAACGUCAACUACCAAAUGAACAUUUCCAACCCAUCCAUGCAUGUCGGAUACCAAACAACACAAAUGGGAAAGCCAAUCUAUAAAGAAACACUCGGAUUACUCCAGCAACAGCAAGAUUUGCUCUACCAGUUGAUGUAUAUCCAGCAAGAACUUAUGGCAAAGCUCGAUAUCGAUGCCGGCGUCGCUGGAGCCAACAUGGAAGACAUCAUCAGCACUGCUGGAAAGCCAACAGGAAUGUUCCCACCACUCAGAAUCCAACGUCUCGAUAUCAAUCAGACAAUUACAUGCCCAUCAUGUCCAUCAAUGACGAUUUCUACAAGUGCUCCAGCACCGAAACCAGCUGCGAAAACAACUGUUAGGGUCUACAACUCUAAGAAGAAGUCCUCAUCAUCUUCUUCCUCUUCUUCUUCGUCAUCUGAUGAUGAAGAUUCAUCUCCAAAGAGGAAUCCACCAAAGGUCAAUCCAGGCUGCAACCACGACUUCUUCAUGGGACAGUGCAAGAAAUGCGGCUGCCUCGAAUGCUCUGUAAAGGGUCACAGGUUCAUUUGCGGAAGAUGCACAAUCUGCAACGAAACGAAAUGCAAGUUGACGGGUGAACAUAACUUCAUUUGCGGUGAGUGCACGGUCUGCGGAAAGAAAGCUCCGGGAAGCACAUUUUAA